ACCGGGCUUCGGACCGAGCGGGGAGCUGGGCGCUCGCGGGAAGCUGGCGAUGGGGGCAGGUGCUGCUGGACGCGCCGAGGACCGGCCGCGCCCGCUGCUGCUGCUGCUGCUCCUGGGGGUGUCUCUCGGAAAUGCCCAGGAGGCAUGCCUCACCGGCCUGUACACCCACAGCGGAGAGUGUUGUAAAGCCUGCAACCUGGGCGAGGGUGUGGCCCAGCCUUGCGGAGCCAACCAGACUGUGUGCGAGCCCUGCCUGGACAGUGUGACAUUCUCCGACGUGGUGAGCGCCACGGAGCCAUGCAAGCCCUGCACGGAGUGUGUGGGCCUGCAGAGCAUGUCUGCACCGUGCGUGGAGGCGGAUGAUGCCGUGUGCCGCUGCGCCUACGGCUACUACCAGGAUGAGGUGACUGGCCGCUGUGAGGCGUGCAGUGUGUGUGAGGCCGGCUCGGGCCUCGUGUUCUCAUGCCAGGACAAGCAGAACACGGUGUGUGAGGAGUGCCCCGAUGGCACGUACUCUGACGAGGCCAACCACGUGGACCCGUGCCUGCCCUGCACAGUGUGCGAAGACACAGAGCGCCAGCUGCGUGAGUGCACGCGCUGGGCAGAUGCCGAGUGUGAGGAGAUCCCUGGCCGUUGGAUUACCCGUUCUACACCCUCAGACGUCUCAGACAGUACCGCUCCCAGCACCCAGGAGCCCGAGGUACCUCCAGAGAAAGAUAUUGUCGCCAGCACGGUGGCAGAUGUAGCUACCACAGUGAUGGGCAGCUCCCAGCCUGUAGUGACCCGAGGCACCACGGACAACCUCAUCCCUGUCUAUUGCUCCAUCCUGGCUGCUGUGGUUGUGGGCCUCGUGGCCUACAUUGCCUUCAAGAGGUGGAACAGUUGUAAGCAGAACAAACAAGGAGCCAACAGCCGGCCUGUGAACCAGACGCCCCCUCCUGAGGGAGAAAAACUCCACAGUGACAGUGGCAUCUCUGUGGACAGCCAGAGCCUGCAUGACCAGCAGCCUCAUACACAGACAGCCUCAGGCCAAGCCCUCAAAGGUGAAGGAGGCCUGUACAGCAGCCUGCCCCCAGCCAAGCGAGAGGAGGUGGAGAAGCUGCUCAACGGCUCUGCGGGAGAAACCUGGCGGCACCUGGCGGGUGAGCUGGGCUAUCAGCCUGAGCACAUAGACUCCUUCACCCACGAGGCAUGUCCUGUCCGCGCCCUGCUGGCCAGCUGGGCCGCCCAGGACAGCGCCACACUUGAUGCUCUUGUGGCCGCUCUGCAGCGCAUCAAGCGACCUGAUAUAGUGGACAGCUUGUGCAGCCAGUCCACAGCCACCUCCCCAGUUUGAGCCUGCCCACCGGGGAGCCCGGCCCCGCCCCCACAUUCCAAGGACUGAUGCUCCAGCCGGUCCCCAUGGAGCCUGUACCCCUGGGGUGGGCCAGCAGUCAAGAGCUGAGCUCCUCUGUGCAAGGUCUCCAAGGCCAGGCCCCCAAAUGACAGCCCUGUCACUGCUCCCCUGAGUGACCUCCUUUGCUUCUGAUCACACAUCUUCUCUAGGAAGAGAGGGGAUCUUCCCUGUUUCUGCCCCACCCCAUUGCCAGCUCAGGCCUUCCCUCCCUUGUCUCACUGCUGAGUGGGCUGGUCCCUCCCACCGUAGUGGUGUCAGAUGGGGCACUGACACCAAGGAUCGUACUGGGGGGCAGUGACAAGACCCCAGACACUCAGAAGGCGGUACUGAGGAACCAGAGCCAUGGACUCUACACUGUGAACUUGGGGAGCAGGGAGCCUCAAAGUGGCCUAAAUACUCCCUUCUUCCCUCACCCCUCAACUCUGGCCAAAGAUGAAGAGGAUCAGACGUCUGGCUCAGCUGGAAGCAGCUUUGAAACCUAAUCUUACCUGCCUCUUUUACAAGAGGCAGUAAAGCCCAGAGAGAGUCAGUGACUUGCCCCAAACCACCCAGCCAUGGGAAGGGGCCAAUAUAGGCUGGCACCUUCCUUUCUGAAUGAGCAGCCUUGGGGUUGCUGGAAGGCUGGGGUUGGGGUGAGAGGAGGGUACCAGGUGACCUUCAGGGAAAUGUCUUGAAGCCAAGUUCAUUCUACUCCCCACCCCUUCCAGCCUCAAUUCAUUCUUUAGUGGAGAGAGGUUUCUGGUCCAUGGCAUUCCCAGUAAGGUUAGGUAUGGGGUUUGCAGAAAGGAGUUCUGCUUCCUUCUGCCUGUACCCUCACCUUGGGCUUGUCCUGAGGCAUUUAUGGAGUAAUCCAUUUCUUGGCGAAGACCUGGAGCCAACCAUCCCCUAGAAUCAGCCCUAGGGGUCAGAGUCAGUGGACAGCCGCCCCUGCCAUGCACAGACACACACAGGAUGAGACAUCUUGCUUUUUCUUCAUGAAUUUCCUUCUGUGGAGCCAAGACUGGAUCCUGCCUGGGCUGCUGCCAGAGAAGCAUCCAGGGAGCUGAGCGAGGCUGGGCGGUCUUCCUUCGCCCCCAGCUUUGGCGGGCCAAGGACUGCCGAGGCUUGAGCAGGCGUCUAUCUUCCAAAGGCCAAAGUGUGGAGGAAUGCUCCCUUUCCCCUUUCCCAAAGUACAGGAUUGGCUGCACCCAGGAGGUGGUAAUGGAGGACAGCGGGCCAGUGUGGGAAUGCAUCAGGAAAGAAUGGAGUUGGCCUGUGGCCAGUGGAGGGGGGGAGGGGAGGGUGUUCCCCCACAUUUAGAGGCCCCUGCAAAGGACUGUUUUCCUUAGCAUGGCCAGAAAGGGGCAUGAGGUCUCUGUGGUUUUUCUCCCCCUUCCCGGCCUGUUCUGUUUUGCUUGCUGUUGGAAUGAGUGGGGCUCCCCCUCUAUUUUGCAUGAAGGAGCCCUAGGCAGAGUGUGUAUGGAUGGACGCAUAAGGUCUGCAUACGGGCCUAGGAGCAUUGCACGAAGAUGUAGAUGGCACUUCACAGGCCUCCGUCUGUGAGGGCCAGAGGAGCCCCACGUGCCGGCCCCUCUCCCUGGGAACCUGGGGAGUGGGCAGUCUGUAUUUAUUUUCCUCCCUAGCAGCUGGGGAGGGGGGCGUGGGGAGCUGCAAGUAUGGUUUAGCAUGUGUUUGUUUCUGGGGACCCUCCCUGCCACCCUUUGGGCCAAGAUGGAACCCUUUGUCCUUCCAUCUGGGAGCUGCAAGCCCCAGACCCCCAUGACCUUCCCUGUCACCUAACCCUUGCAUCCUGUGUAAUCAUUUCUUCAGACCUCCUGAAACCUACACAUAAAACAUAAAUGGUAAACAUUAAAUA